UCAUUUUAUUCAUCGGAUUUAGUUACUGUAGACGACAACUCGGCCUGUUUGACUUACUUGUAAAUUUUAAGUCAACAAAGUACUUAAUAAUUUAUUUUAUUUUAAGCGUUGUUUGUGAUAGUGCUUUGUUUUCAAUGUGGUUCUUUUAAAAUGAAUGAAUGUCAGUGUGCUGAAAAAUGUGUUGAUAAACGCAUUUACACUGAAAACCAUCAGAAGGAAGUGAAAACAUCUCCUGAAACUAUCUCGAAUAUUAAUAAAGUGGAAAAAGUUUUCAUAGAAAAUGAUCACGUGAAGAAAAAGUCGUGGUUUACAACAAUCAAAUUAGACUUUAUUCACUAUUUAACUUUAGGUGUUUUAGGUAUUUUAACUUGGGGUCUAUUAUGGUGUGCGUUCGACAAUUGGGGCUGGGAUGGCAAAUGGUUUCGGCUGGUCGCAGUGGCAUUAGUGGCGUGGGCUAGCGGUCUCAUGCUUCAGGAGCUGACCACGCUACCACCACUCCUCGCCGCGCUCCUCACUGGCAUAUUCGCCCGCCAUUUCGGCUUCCUCGACAUGCGACAUUAUUCCCACAUUGACGCGUUUUUAAGAAAAAUAUACCCAGUAAUAAUUCUGGGUAAGGGAUCUUUAGCAUGGGACAUGGACUAUAUGAAAACCAAUUGGAAACAAGUGGUGUCUCUAGGCGUGCUGCCCUGGUCAGCGGAAGUGGGUGUCAUGGCGGUCUGUUCUCACUACUUCUUAGGGUUCCCUUGGUUAUGGGGAUUCCUGCUUGGCUCAGUGUACGCUUCUGUAUCAUGUCCGGUGAUAAUGCCUCUAAUACAGAAGCACGGUACUAAACCGGACAGGAGUCAGAACUGGCCCCAGCUGGUCUGCACGGCCGGUGGCACCGACACCGCUCUCAGCGUCGGAGUCUUCGGCCUCAUAUUCAGCUUCAUGUUUAGUAACGCCAGCGAACUCUAUCGUUAUAUUAAGGCGGGGCUGGCGCUGUUGGCGGGCGCGGCGCUCGGCGGCGGCUGGGGCGCGCUGGCGCGGCUCGUGCCUCACGCCCGAGACGCAUACGUCACCGAGCUCAGGAUACUAUUCGUGCUCAUCGGCGGACUGUUCGCAAACUUUUUCACGUCCGCACUAGGCUGGGGAGGCACCGGCGGCAUAGCUGUGCUGGCGUGCAACGCGACAGCUGCACGGCAAUGGGCGCGGAAGGGAUGGAAAUUGAAUCAGAACCCGGCAGCGACGGUGUACCGAGUGCUCUGGUCUGCUUGCGAACCUGUUCUCUUUGCCUACACUGGUACAUUUUUUGUGAUACAUAGCUCGGUGACGGACACAAUGCUAGUGGGACUGGGAAUUCUCCUCAUAACUCUAACGACACGUUUGCUCACCGCCGCUCUUGUAUGUUGGAACCUUUCCAUUAAGGAGAAACUUUUUAUAUGCUGUGCAUGGAUACCUAAGUCCAUAGUCGAGGCAGUUCUCUGUCCAUUAGCAAUCGAUACAUUGAUUAUGAAGAACUCAACCGACGUCCACCAAAUGAAGUACGCCGAAGACCUGAUGAGGCUAAUCGUGCAGGCCAUAUUGAUCACAACUCCGAUCGGCUAUCUACUCACGAAUCAUUUGGGACCAGUAUUAUUAAAGUCAAAGCCAAAAAAGGAUAAAGAUUUGGAAUCUCAAAAGCCAGUAUCAAAAGACGCAUCUAUCGACGAAGAUAUAAAAAUUUAAAUCAAGAAAAGAUAAAAGUCUACUUAUAGGUAAUUGUAUAAACGAACUCUAGUGACCAAAGAUAUACGUAAGCCCAAAUAGUUUAAUGCAACUUUUACUUAAUAAUUUA